GCAUUAGACAUUGUGAACGUGGACCAACUUCCGGCCAGCACCGGUGACUGACAUUGUUGAUCUGAAAAGGCAAAAUCUUCAAAAUGCAUAUGUUGAGACGAGACAAGAAAGAGGAAGAGGAUGGUGGUGGAAAUCCUUUCCAUAACAUAGAAAAAAGCAGCGUUUUGCAAGAGGCAAGGACUUUCAAUGAAUCUCCCAUAAAUCCAAGAAAAUGUGCCCACAUCCUCACCAAGGUCUUGUACCUGAUCAACCAGGGUGAACAGAUUGGAACCACAGAGGCCACAGAAGCCUUUUUUGCAAUGACAAAACUGUUCCAGGCCAAGGAUCCAAUCCUGCGACGUCUGGUGUACCUGGGGAUCAAGGAAAUGUCCAAAAUUGCUCAAGAUGUCAUCAUUGUUACCAGCAGUUUGAUGAAGGACAUGACCGGUAGAGAUGACCAGUUCAGAGGCCCAGCCAUCCGUGCCCUGUGUUCUAUCACUGAUACAACGAUGUUACAGAGUAUCGAACGUUACAUGAAACAGGCCAUUGUGGACAAGGUCACUGCAGUGUCCAGUGCUGCCCUAGUCUCAUCUCUGCAUUUGAGUAAAUCAAGUCAGGAUGUGACGAAGCGUUGGGUGAAUGAGGCACAGGAAGCUGUGUCAAGUGACAACAUCAUGGUCCAGUACCAUGCCCUCGGACUUCUGUACCACAUCAGGAAGUAUGAUAGACUGGCUGUCACCAAACUGGUCACCAAGUUCUCCAAACACUCGCUCAAGUCUCCCUAUGCAUACUGUCUGCUGAUCAGAAUUGCAAGUAAACUAAUGGAAGAGGAAGGAGUAGGGACCGACAGCCCCAUGUUUGACUUUAUUGAGAACUGUCUACGACACAAGAGUGAGAUUGUCAUCUAUGAGGCUGCCCACGCCAUAGUUAACUUGAAGAACACAUCUGCCAAAGAGCUGGCCUCAGCCGUGCCUGUUCUCCAGCUUUUCUGUAGCUCGGCCAAGCCCACACUUAGAUUUGCGGCCAUCAGGACCCUCAACAAGGUCGCCAUGAAACACCCCGCUGCAGUGACAGCCUGUAAUCUGGAGCUAGAGAAUCUGAUAACCGAUUCUAACCGAAGUAUUGCUACACUGGCCAUAACAACACUCCUCAAGACAGGAAGUGAAAGCAGCAUUGACAGACUGAUGAAGCAGAUCUCCAGCUUCAUGAAUGAAAUCUCUGACGAAUUCAAAAUUGUUGUCAUUCAAGCUAUACAGUCCCUAUGCCAGAAGUUUCCCAGAAAACAUCCUGUGUUGAUGAACUUCCUGUCAUCGGUGCUGAGGGAUGAGGGCGGUUUUGAGUACAAGAAAGCCAUAGUAGAGAGCAUCAUCACCAUCAUUGAGGACAACCCAGAGGCCAAAGAAGCAGGACUUGCUCACCUGUGUGAAUUUAUUGAGGAUUGUGAACACACUGUCCUGGCCACAAAGAUCCUACAUCUACUGGGUCGGGAGGGACCACGAACCCCCACCCCCUCCAAGUACAUCCGCUUCAUUUACAACAGGGUCAUCCUGGAAAACGCUGCUGUACGAGCAGCCACAGUAACAGCUCUGGCCAAGUUUGGUGCUCACUGCGAGGAACUCCUGCCUAGCUGUAUCGUACUACUGGAGAGGUGUUUGUUAGACACAGACGAUGAAGUGAGAGACAGGGCCACAUUCUAUGUACAUACUCUCAAACAGCAACAGAAAUCACUAAAGUCCACCUACAUCCUCAAUGGUCUACAGGUAUCGGUGGUAGGACUAGAGCGAGCUCUACACCACUACACAAUGGAGCCCUCCGAGACUCCGUUUGAUGUCAAAUCUGUUCCACUGGAGACUGCGCCCCUCACAGACACCAAACAAGUACGGGAACCUGGAGAAUCUGGAGCACCAAAGGCAGAAAAGGUGGCUGCCUCCAGACAGGAUAUCUACGCCGAACAAUUGUCGGCCAUCCCAGAGUUUGCCAACCUGGGUAACCUAUUCAAGUCCUCAUCACUGCCCGUACAGCUGACCGAAUCGGAGACGGAGUAUGUUGUACAGUGUGUCAAACACACCUUCAGUCACUACAUGGUGUUUCAGUUUGACUGCAGCAACACUCUGAAUGACCAAGUUCUAGAAAAUGUCACAGUACAAAUGGAGCCAGCCGACGGGUUUGAGGUGCUCAAGUUUAUACCCUGUGCUAGUCUGCCCUACAAUAAACCUGGCACUACCUACACCCUAGUUCGUCUACCUGAGGAUCCUACUUUAGUAACAGGGACAUUUAGUUGCACGCUUAAGUUUAUAGUGAAGGAUUGUGACCCUAACACAGGAGAACCCGACGAUGAAGGAUACGAGGAUGAAUAUGUGCUCGAGGAUGUUGAGGUUUCGGUAGCUGACCAUGUCCAGCGGGUGAUGAAGCCCAACUUUGGUGCAUCGUGGGAGGAAAUAGGACCAGAGAAUGAACUGGAGGACACGUACGCGCUGUCUACUAUGAAGACACUUGAAGAAGCUGUUCAGAACAUCAUCAAGUUCAUGGGUAUGCAGCCCUGUGAGCGUUCAGACAAAGUCCCAGAAGGGAAAUCCUCACAUACACUGUACUUGGCUGGAGUGUACAGGGGUGGUCACGAUGCUCUUGUAAGGGCAAAGCUCGCAUUGUCUGAUGCAGGCGUCACCAUGCAGCUAACUGUCAGGUCAACUGAUCCAGAUGUGUCCGAGGUCAUGGCCACCGCCAUCGGCUAACGUGUAUACCAUGGUCAGAGUUCCUGGGAUCUUUGAGGGUUAUUACAGUAUGCUCUGUAUUUGAUGAACUGGAAUAUUCUACUACAACUUGUUUUAGGACACUCUGAUAUUUAAGUGAUUGAACAGAACCAUAGUAGAAUUAACAUUGCACUGUGUUUUGGGGGAAACGGGGAGAAAGAAUUGUUCCAAAGCUUUUCAGAUUUUAAAUCUUGAAUUUUGUUGUUAUUUUGACACAUGUUAUUUCGUAAGGAAUUUUUUACUGAGAUUUUAGAUUACAAAUAAUGUCAUUAAAAUUCUGCUUUUUACUUAAACUACAAUUCUAUAAGAGAUUCAUUUAGAAUAUAAGUGUUAUUUAUUCCUGAGGAAGCAAUGUAAGUUACUGAUUUAUAUUGAAAUUUGAUUGAAAUAUUUACAUUUUAUAUGUAUUGAUGAUACAAAUGAUGGUAAGAUAAUCCUAAAUAAAAAAGGGAAUUAUAAAACACUG